GUGAGGACGGCGGCGGCCGCUGGCCGGUUCCGGCGGGAGUGGUGCACGCCCUGCGUCUCCGGCCCCGCCCCGGCCCCUCUUCGCCUUUCCCCGACAACCGAGCGCCCUUCCCGCUCGUGCCUCCAGGGAGUCCACCUUCAGCAGCUGGCUCUGCAGGGGAGACUGAUGUCAUUUUCCCAAUGGCUGUGUUCAAAACCACCCAAAGGGUUUGAGAAAUUCUUUGAGAGGAAUGCAAGAAACACAAACUCAGAAAAAUCAGUAGCUCCAAGGAAAGAAACUGGCAAACCAAAGAAUGCUGGGUCUGGAGGAGGUGGAGGCAAGAGAGGAGGAAAAGGGGAUGAUUUUGCCUGGUGGAAACGGAUACAGAAGGGAGAGUUUCCCUGGGAUGACAAGGAUUUCCGAAAUCUGGCUGUUUUGGGCGCAGGCGUUGCUGUGGGAGUUUUCUACUUCUAUUUUCGAGAUCCUGGAAAAGAGAUUACCUGGAAGCACUUUGUGCAGUAUUACCUGGCCAGAGGCUUGGUGGACCGGCUAGAAGUCGUGAACAAACAGUUUGUGCGGGUUAUUCCUGUCCCAGGAACCUCUUCUGAGAAAUUCGUGUGGUUCAACAUUGGCAGCGUUGAUACCUUUGAGCGGAACCUGGAGUCUGCUCAAUGGGAGCUGGGGAUCGAGCCCAUCAACCGGGCUGCAGUAGUCUACACAACUGAGAAUGAUGGCUCUUUCCUGCGAAGCCUGGUACCCACUCUUCUCCUGGUUGGCAUCCUUCUCUAUGCUGUGAGGAGGGGCCCAAUGGGAGCCGGGCGUGGCAGGCGAGGAGGGGGCCUCUUCAGUGUUGGUGAGACAACAGCCAAGAUCCUAAAGAACAACAUGGAUGUGCGAUUUGCAGACGUAGCUGGCUGUGAAGAAGCCAAAUUGGAAAUUAUGGAGUUUGUGAAUUUCCUGAAGAACCCGAAGCAGUAUCAGGACUUAGGAGCCAAAAUUCUGAAGGGAGCCAUGCUCACUGGUCCGCCUGGUACUGGCAAAACGCUUCUUGCCAAAGCAACCGCAGGGGAGGCCAGCGUGCCCUUCAUCACUGUGAAUGGGUCGGAGUUCCUGGAAAUGUUUGUUGGUGUUGGGCCAGCAAGGGUACGUGACAUGUUUGCAAUGGCCAGGAAAAAUGCUCCUUGCAUCUUAUUCAUCGAUGAGAUCGAUGCAAUUGGCCGGAAGCGAGGCCGUGGGCACCUUGGGGGUCAGAGUGAACAGGAGAACACCCUGAACCAGAUGCUUGUAGAGAUGGAUGGAUUCAACUCCACCACCAAUGUGGUGGUACUGGCAGGCACCAACCGCCCUGACAUCCUCGACCCAGCCUUGAUGCGCCCUGGCCGCUUUGACCGCCAGAUUUAUAUUGGUCCCCCUGACAUCAAAGGCAGAUCAUCCAUCUUCAAGGUCCAUCUGCGCCCGCUCAAGUUGUCCGAAAACCUCAGUAAGGAUGCCCUGGCACGGAAGCUGGCAGCUCUCACUGCAGGCUUCACUGGUGCUGAUAUUUCUAAUGUGUGCAAUGAAGCCGCAUUGAUUGCAGCCCGCCACCUGAGUCCUUCCGUUCAGGAGAAGCACUUCGAGCAAGCCAUUGCGAGGGUCAUUGGAGGCCUUGAGAAGAAGACCCAGGUCUUGCAGCCCAGUGAAAAGAUGACUGUGGCCUACCAUGAGGCUGGGCAUGCGGUGGUGGGCUGGUUCCUGGAGCACGCAGACCCCCUGCUGAAGGUGUCCAUCAUCCCGCGGGGCAAGGGGCUUGGCUACGCCCAGUAUCUGCCCCGGGAACAGUACCUCUACACGCGAGAGCAGCUCUUCGACCGCAUGUGCAUGAUGCUGGGAGGCCGGGUGGCUGAGCAGCUGUUCUUUGGGCGAAUUACCACGGGGGCGCAGGAUGACCUAAGGAAAGUCACACAGAGUGCCUACGCGCAGAUUGUACAGUUUGGGAUGAGUGAGAGGCUGGGCCAGGUGUCCUUUGACCUCCCACAAAGAGGUGAGGCUCUGGUGGAGAAGCCCUAUAGCGAGGCCACUGCCCAGCUCAUUGAUGAGGAGGUUCGGCACCUCAUCGGCUCUGCCUAUGAUCGCACGCUAGAACUGCUGACUCAGUGCCAGGAGCAGGUGGAAAAGGUGGGCCGGCGGCUUCUCGAGAAGGAGGUGCUAGAGAAGGCUGACAUGGUCGAGCUGCUGGGCCCACGGCCCUUCGUGGAGAAGUCCACUUAUGAGGAGUUUGUGGAGGGCACUGGCGGCCUGGAGGAGGACACAUCCCUUCCUGAGGGGCUGAAGGACUGGAACCGGGGAUAGGAGGAGGGGGGCACUGAGCAGCACUUGCAGGGGAGCCCCACGUAGCACUGCUGUGGUCCGAUCCUCUGAGAGCAUCUGUCAGAACCACCAGAAAGCACAUUAAACCAGUGACAACCACAAA